UCUUUGCCGUCUGUCCCACGAUUCCGCGUCUCUGAACAAGUCAGGCUCCUCGCGCAGCUUCGUCUACAGUGAUUCGGCGUGCUCGGCAGUGGGGGAUCGCCAGUCCAAUGCGCCUUUCCCAACAGCCGAUCGCUCUUGCGGAAAUAGACGAGGACUUUGUGAAAGAGCAGUAGACUCCAUACAGUAAGGGGCAUGAAAAUGGGACGUCAGCGCGCACGCCGUGUCUAUACACGCUUCCAAUGAGAAGGUUCCAGUUUGAUAGUCGAGCGCUGCCGCGAGUGCGCUGACAGCCGAGCGGCUCGUGAGGCCUUUCUCUUUUGCCUUCCGCUUUUCGCGGCCAGUCGGUAUCGGGCCUCAGUUUCAGCGCCAGCCUCCUCCCGAAACCAGCGUCGAAUAAUGUCCUGAACCGGUGACUGCGCUCUCGGCGACUGCUCUCUACCGCGAGGUCGACGGCUGAUGCUGAAUUGCUCGUUUUUUACUUUUGAGGGAACGUAUCGAGUAUGCAUCUGCAAAGCACACUCUAAUACAGAGAAAUGUUGCUCCUAACGCUCCUCUUGGGAUGCUUUCUCUCAGCUCUUGGGGGAUACAUCCCACCAGGGCCAAAAUACAAUUGCCCAAAGGAAAUUUCAUACAUUCACCCAUGCAUAUGUACUCGUGGGAGUGAUCAAGGCCUUUAUAUAGAGUGUGAAAACACGAAUUUAGCGACUCUGAGUCUCGCUUUCCUUAACCUUGGUAACGAGGGAAUACCAAUCGAAGAACUCACCAUUUACAAAUGUAACAUAGCACGAUUUUAUGGGCCUGCACUUUAUCCACUGAAUGUUCGGAUCCUGAAGUUUAUAGAUACCCCAUUAAAAUUCAUCGAGGAGCAUAGUUUCCUGGGCGUAAAUCGAACGUUGCAGGAACUUCAUGUUAUCGGCGGUUCGCUGGAAAAGUUUCCCAAAGAAGCAGUGCAGAUUUUAGGAAAUCUCACAACUUUACAUAUCAGGGGACAUAAAAUGGAUGAAUUGCCAAGCAAUAUUUUUGUAGAAAGUUUAGCUGCGUACAAGAUUGAGCGACUCGAAAUUAGCAAUGGUUCUCUCAAUUCACUGGCGAUUGAAACCUUGGCACCACUGAGGAAAUUGAAAUGGCUCGAUUUGCAUGGAAACCAAAUAAAGGAUUUGAAAAAAAGCCAAUUCAAAGGAUUGAGAGAUGUCGAAUCGUUAGACCUAUCGCAUAAUUUGAUCGACAAGAUUGACUCAUCUCACCUUGGAGACCUCACGAAAAUGGGAUGGUGUAAUUUGUCUCACAAUGCUAUUGCAGAUUUGAAAAGAGGUGUUUUUGCAAGAAAUUCGUUACUAAAAGUUCUCAACUUGAAUAGUAAUAAAAUAAGAAAACUCGAUUCUAAUACGUUCCGAGGUAUGCGACUCAUGAGGCGUUUGUAUUUGAGAGACAACAGAAUCAAUGACGUAGGUCGUGGUACCUUUGGAACUAUGACUCGAAUAGGUACAAUCGAUCUUGGCAAAAAUAUGAUAAAGAAAGUGGACUAUCAAAUGUUCUAUCAACUCCAAUAUGCUGAUACUCUAGAUGUCUCGGAAAAUCAAGUAACUUUAGUAGAAAAGUUGGCCUUUAAAGAUCUGUAUUCAGCUACUGUCAACCUUUCGCACAAUGCAAUAACCAAAAUAGAAAGCGGAGCUUUUGAAAAUUGUGCAAAUAUAGUCGUAUUAGAUCUCAGUCAUAAUAAAAUAGAAAAUAUUUCAAAAACUGCAUUUGAUUCUGCCACGUAUGCUACAACACUGCAGCUGAGUUUCAAUUAUCUGACUGCGUUGAAUCAGGUUCCUCUGCAAAACAUGACUGGCCUAAAGGUUCUCAACGUUUCGCACAAUAACAUCAGGAUAAUUCCACGUCAGACGUUUCCAAAGCUUUACGAACUCCAUACGAUUGAUUUAUCCUACAAUAAUUUAUCUGAUAUUUAUAACGCAAUCUUCCAAACAUUAUUCAGUUUACGUGCUCUGAAUUUGUCCCACAAUGCACUUGAUAAAAUUAAACCAUCGACAUUUGGUCCUCUACCAACCUUAUUAGAUUUAGAUUUGAGUUACAAUAAAUUGAAUGACAUUUCUCGUGGAAGUUUGACAAGAUUGGCAAGUUGCAGAACUCUAUCUGUGAAGCACAAUGAACUGACAAAAAUGUUCCUCAUACCGAUAUCUCUAGGACAUUUAGACAUUUCGGACAAUUUGUUAGAAGAGAUACCAAGUACUGAUAUCUGGCCAUCGAUGAAUGCUUUGCUUUCCCUUGACUUGUCGAACAAUCGCUUAAGUGAUAAUCUUGGUACUGGUAGUUUCGAGAGCUUGUUCACAUUGAGAACCCUGAAUCUUCAAAAUAAUGGCAUUACUAAACCGCCUUGGGAAGCACUCAGCUCACUUACCAGUUUACAGUAUGUUUAUAUGCAGAAUAACAAUAUAACUACAUUGAAUAAAGCAGCUUUCGGUAGACUUCCAAUCGUAUUCGAAUUAAACCUUGCCAAUAAUCAAAUUAGCAAUGUAACUGAACGCGCUUUCGAAGGAUUACUUCAGCUAUUAACUUUAAAUUUGACAAAUAAUCAAAUCACACACAUUCCGAAUGGAGCUUUUAGAGGACUCGUAUCACUGCGCAAUUUGGACCUUUCAUACAAUCAACUUCAAAGACUGGAUAAUAAAACAAAUGGUUUACUAGAUGAUUGUUUAUCACUCGAAAAGGUUAAUUUAAGUCACAACAAGAUAUCGACUAUAGAACGUAAAACGUUGCCGCACGAUCCUUGGAUCCCCUACAAAAUAAAGGAGGUGGAUUUAUCAUAUAACAGUAUAGCAGUUAUAAACUUCGACUUUACUUUGGGAACAAAAAAGGUUAUUUUUAUGAAUUUGAGUCAUAAUAACAUUGUUGAUAUUCGAAGAUAUGUUCUAGGAAAUAUGACAGCUUUGCAAACAUUGGAUUUGUCAUAUAAUGAAUUAAACGAUUUAUCUGAGCAAGAUGUUUUUCAACCGUCAAAUAAUUUGACCAACUUGAUACUACAUCACAAUCGUUUUAAUCACCUUCCAUGGGACAAAAUAGUAUCAAUGCCGAACUUGAAGCAUUUAGAUUUAGAAUACAAUGAUUUCAGCAGUAUUGAUGAAAAUCUGAUGAAAGUUUUGCAUAAUGGAACGAGGGUUACGUAUACAGGUAAUCCAUUGCAUUGUGACUGUUACGUGCGUCCCUUACGAAGGUGGCUCGACACGUUCACCGAGAUCCCCGAGGACUGGCGUAGCGUAGAAUGCACCAGUCCCAGUUACGUAGCCGAUAUGCAUCUACCGGAGGUCUCGGAGGUGCUGAUGAGUUGCAGCGAUAAGGAAAUCCUGGAGGACCCAAAAUAUGACAUCUCCCCUGACGUCAAGUACCGGGAUCUGGAAUACGAUAGCGAGAAAAACAUCUGGAAAGUAACGUGGUACGUGCCGACGCGCGAGGACACCGGCGAUUUUUACCUCGUGGUGCGCGAGCCAGGAGGCAGGGAGAAUGUUUUGGAGAAGGACAUCGUCUACAAGGAGAGAUCCUUCAAGAUAAGGGACCUGCCGGAUCCUAAUGCGAAAUAUGAACUCUGCAUCCUCGCUAGAGAUUCCGUGGGAAAUGUUAAACAUUUCCGAAGCUCGCAGUGCAGAAUUUUAGAUAAGCAUGCUUUCAGCUCAAGUAGCAGACAAUCGACUAUUAACAUUCUGUUCGUUCUUGCUCCCAUCGUUUUCACUACCUUCUGGUAAAAAGCGAAAAUAAUUGUAAUAUCGCCCUCGAUCGAGAGCGUCUUUUUUUCUUACCGAGACCUGGGAGGGUGGGAGAUUUUUUAACUCUGUAUACGUAUAAUGUAUAACGCUAGAGCACUACGCAUAUUAGUGAUUUGUAUUGUAAUUGAUGAGAUAUCGGCUGUAACUACUCGUAAUAAUGGAGAAUUGUUAAUUAUUUGCAAUGUUUAUUGUGUAAAUGGCGUUGAACGUCGUUUAUUUAUUUGUAAAGAUAUACAACACUAUUUUGUAUAUAUAUUAUAAACUUCAAUUGAACUCGAUAUUCGCGUUCUUUUGUGCGUUGUUGGUUUUAUACUCCUAAUAAAAAUUAAAACUAUUUUUACACGUUUACGCUAAGUUAUCGAGUGACGACUUCAGUCGACACUGCAUCAUUUAAUGCUGUAAGAUAAAAAUAAAUCAUGAAUCUGACGUGAGAAA